AUGCUUGCUGCAUCUGGGAAGAAGUUAUCCUUGACACUUAUUUUGGCCCCGGAUUUACCUAUAUAUGCUAUGGGUGAUGAGAAACGAGUGAUACAAACAAUCAUAAAUAUCAUGGGUAAUGCUGUGAAGUUCACAAAGAAGGGUUAUGUCUCAGUUGUGGCUUCAAUUGCAAAACCAGAGUCUUUGAGAGACUGGCGAGCUCCUGAGUUUUAUUCUGUGUCAAGUGAUGGCUACUUCUUCUUAAGAGUGCAGGUUAAAGAUUCUGGUUGCGGUAUUCUCCCACAAGAUUUCGCUCUCUGUUUUACUAAAUUUGCUCAGUCUCAAAGUGGAUCAAACCAAAAUAAUAAUGGGGCUGGUCUUGGGCUCGCCAUUUGCAAACGGUUUAUAAAUCUAAUGGGGGGUCACAUUUGGAUUGAAAGCAAGGGAUUGGACAAGGGUACAACAGUUUCAUUCCUUGCAAAACUUGGAAUCUGCAACGAUCCCAAUGAAUCAACAAUGCUGGAGGUUGCAGUUGCCGGUAGAACAGAUCAAGGGAGCGCAGAUGUCAUUGGACGUAACCUAUUUCCUAAAGAACUCCCUCGUUAUCAGAGGAGUCUUUAG